AUGCCGCGGUCCGACAGUACCCGUUUUGAAGGAGAAGAGCAAUUCCGUUACCAUCUAGGUGACUACAUGCUUGGCCGUACAAUUGGUGCUGGUAGCAUGGGUAAGGUAAAGUAUGGCUACUGCAAAGCGGACAAGCGGAGGGUGGCUGUCAAGAUUAUUCCUCGGCAUACCUCUGUGAAUGGGGUGAUGCAAAGUCGUGCAAAGAACAAACAGCCGUCGUCUUCAACACAGAGCCAAAGUGAAGCAGACGCCGCGCUCUCUCGUGCGGCAGCCAAAGACGCAUCGAAGGAGGUGCGCAUUGUGCGUGAAGGUCAUCUACAGAUGUUGCUGCUGCACCCUUAUAUCUGCCGAAUGCGGGAAAUGAUUGUCCAUCAAAACCAUUACUACAUGGUAUUUGAGCAUAUCAAUGGUGGCCAGAUGCUUGACUACAUUAUUGCUCAUGGGAGAUUGCGAGAACGCGCUGCGCGAGGGUUUGCCAGGCAAAUUGGCAGCGCUUUGCAGUACUGCCAUGCCAACAAUGUGGUGCAUCGUGACUUGAAGAUUGAAAAUAUUUUGAUUUCCAAGUCAGGCAACUGCAAGAUCAUUGACUUUGGUCUCUCGAAUCUUUUUUCGCCUCGUGGCCAUCUAAAUACCUUCUGUGGCUCCCUGUAUUUUGCUGCGCCAGAGCUGUUAAAUGCUCGUGUAUAUACAGGACCGGAAGUUGAUGUGUGGAGUUUUGGCGUGGUACUCUAUGUGCUGGUAUGCGGUAAAGUGCCCUUUGAUGACCAAAGCAUGCCAGUGCUGCACGCGCGCAUUAAGCGCGGUAUUGUGGAAUACCCAGCGUGGCUGAGCCCAGAGUGCAAACACUUACUGUCACGCAUGCUAGUAACGAACCCUCAUCGCCGUGCCACACUUGAAGAAGUUGUAUCGCAUCCAUGGAUGUUGAAAGGCUUUGACUACGUGGAACCAUCAUACCUACCAAAGCGGACUCCCUUGCAAGCAGGUCAUCUUGAUCGUCGUGUGAUUGAGCGUAUGCAUGGAUUUGAAUUUGGUACAACCACUGAAAUUGAGCAUCACCUCAAUACCAUCCUAAGCAGCGAUGCCUAUCUUGCUGCUGUAUCCCAGUCAGAGAAUGGCUUUUCUCCGGCUGAGGAUCACACGUCCUCUACAUCGACGAGCAAUGGCAACCGACUCUCGCGUCAAUUCUCGGCCGGCUUGAACUUUUACAAACGCCAUUCGAUGAAGGCGAGUGAGGCGCCAAGUGAGCCGCUUAACGCGGAGGCCCCACCAGGCAUGAAAGGGCCGCUGAACCCAACUUUCGGUUUCCACCCAUUGAUUUCCAUCUACUUCUUAGUGAGGGAGAAGAUGGAGCGUGAAGUGCGUGGUGAAGAUGGGCUAAACUCAUCUGACUUGCUGCUCGACAAGCAUGUCCAGAGUCAGAACAAAGUCUUGCCGAACCUGCCACCACCCAAUGCAGCUAUCAAUACUGUAUUGCGCGACCCACCACCCACAGCUGCGCCUCUGGAUGAGUCUGUGGCCUUGGCGUUCUCGGCGCCGGCGGUGCCGUCGCCUAUUGACAUACCCUCACCUAUGGUCCGACCACCGGAACCGACUGUGGUCUCGCCCCUAGCGACAGAUCAUUCACCCGCUCUUCAGGUGUCGUCUACGGCCCUUUUGCCUCCCAGCAAGUCGGCAGCCUCGUCUGCCCCAAUGCCUGUCUUUGAGUCGCGUCAAAAGUCGCAGCCGCAAGGUACUAUGACUGGACCGCCUCGAGCCCGAGCUGCAGCGAACGAGUUGGAGUCCAAAUUGCGCAGUAACUGGGCCUCGCCUUCGACGGUAACCACAGAUGUCCAUGCGCCGCCUUUGGUUUCGCGUCCGGCUAUGCCCCAGCGCAGUCUAAGUCUAAGUCACUCUCACUUCAAGCCACGCCAACUGCCAAAGGGCUUGGAUCAUAAACUACCGCCCAGCGCUUUGGGAGCUGCGUCCGCGCUGCCAACCCUGGAGGAUAUCCAGAUAGAGGCUGGCGUUGGUCUCCCUCCGACCUCGCCAAACGCAGCGCCAUUGGCCUCGCCACCAUUGGAGGCUGGUUUGACGCGCCGAUUUGGUACUAUGGUUGUGCGUCCCACACAGGAACCGGUGACACCGUCAGUGGAAGUGCCUGAGGGCGCAGUGUCGACCACGGGCCUUGAUCCAGCGGUAGCCACGCCUCUCACGGGCUCUAUCCAUUCGGAACCCGCGACAUCACCGGAGGAAGCUACGUCGAAGCCUGUGUUCCUGAAGGGCUUAUUCAGUGUCCAGACUACGAGUCGUCGUCCACGAACCGUUAUUCGGCAAGACCUUGUACGCGUACUCAACCAGUUUGACAUCCAGCACAUCGAAAUCCGAGGCGGAUUUGAGUGCGUUUGUCACGGCCCUAUUCACGACUUGGAGCCUGGUUCAUCUCUUCACACAGCUACCAAUGACUUGACCAUGUCGACGCCCACGUCCUCUGGUGUGGACCCCGCUUCAUUGACGCCGAAUGAAAGUCAGCCCAUGGUGGCCACGGGUGUGGGCAAUGUGGACAUCAACACAAAUACACCUGUGGAUGCAUUGUCGCCGAGUGCCAUACCAGACUCGCCAGCGAUUGGUGGUGGUAGUUCUGGCGUGAAUGAGUUGCCAGUCACAACGGCAGAAGGAGAAGUUCAGUUUGAGGUCUUUGUUGUUAAGGUACCACUACUUCUUGGCAUCAAUGGUCUGCAAUUCCGUCGCGUAUCCGGAAACCCAUGGCAGUACCAAACGGUGGCCAAGCGCAUCUUGAACGAGCUUAAUUUGUAA